UUUGCUAGGAAAAUGGCACCGGAAUUAUCGAACUUUGAAAACGACUCAUCAGCACGCCAGCAAUAUUCGGCGCAUAAUCCAAUCGAGCAGUAUGUUUUGCUUGCCAAGGGAGCCAAAGGAGCGGCUUGCAUUGAGUUGAUCAAACAAGUGCUGGAAGCGCCGGGAGUGCACGUAUUUGGAGAGCUACUGGCAAUGCCAAACAUAGAAGAGCUACAAAAUGGUCCACACGCAAACUACUACAAUACACUGAAUCUGUUUGCUUAUGGCACUUAUCGUCAAUACCUUGAAAAUCAAGCAAAACUGAUACAGCUUACUCCGGCAAUGCAGAAGAAGCUGCAGCACCUCACAGUGGUGUCUUUGGCGAUCAAGAGCAAAUGCAUUCCGUACAAUGAACUGCUUGAUGAGUUGGACAUUAAGAAUGUGCGAGUGCUGGAAGACUUAAUCAUCGAAGCAAUAUACGCCGACGUCAUUCACGGUAAGCUUGACCAAAAGAACAAGCAGCUGGAAGUAGAUUAUGCCAUCGGUCGCGAUAUUCGCAUGGGCGAUAUAAAAGAAAUUGCAUCCACUCUCCAAGAAUGGAGCGAUUCGUGCGAAACGAUUCUGGUAUGUCUUGAGACACAGAUCAACCGAGCCAAUACCGAGAAGCAAAAGCGUAUAAAGCAUAAGGAAGCGAUUGAGCAAGAGAUUUCCAACCUUAAGAAAACGAUAAAGACUCAAUCUGUGGAAUCGGACGAGGCAAUGGCUACAGACGGCUGCCGGGAUAUUGCUGGUGGGUUGGAUCUACGGAAAAAGACAACCAAAUCCAAGAGCCUGAAAGGUUCGGGUCCAGGCAAGUCAGUAUCGAAAUGAUUGGCCUAUUACUACCAAGAAGACACAGGCGCCACAGACCGCCAUCCGAAGGGCAAUGUUGGGAUGUUAAAUCAUUAGUUUCGUUCCUCUUAUGUUAUGUUUCCUUUAUUUUAAACUGGCGUUUUC